UUCGUGUGGGGUGGGGCGGAAUACUGGUACCGGUAGACGACCCCAAGGCCUCCGCCCGGAUAACAAAACCUAAGGAGGAAACUUUUCAGUGGCUCACCCGGAUGAUCUGUGGCAGUCGUACCGUCGGGGAACGUAAGCAAUAACUUAGUAGGAUACCGGUAGAAUGCUGCGCGGGUGGCAGGUCUCGAUAACGUACGGUGCCGGCCCCAGUCACGCCGUCCUUUGCAUCCAUAGUACCGGUAGCUAAAUCAACACCCACAUCAACGCCCCCUUUGGCACCUUAUAAGAUGAAUCUCCCACCGUACUUGUACCACUGGUAUUCACCCCCGGCUCCCUCAUCGAGACCACCGAUCAUCUAUCCCGAGCCUAGAGCCUGUUUUUCCCUUGACUCUCACUCGGCGUUGACUCGUUGAGCUCGCGGCUGACUUCAAUUCGUGAUUAGUCAUCGCCCGAGCGAACCAGUCAUCCUCCCCGGGAGUCAAGACAGCGAUGUCGACACAAGCCCAGCAGCCGGCCAAGGACACUAUCCGCGCACAGGGGGGAAAAAAUGGAAGGCCCUAUCAUACCUAAGCCCAGCCUACCGUACCCGUGCCAUAUCCUUCGUAUCAUAGCCCCACGGAAAAACUCAUCUUCCGCGAAUUCCCAGCUCCUCUAUGCAACAAAGCCGGCACAUCCCCCUCGCUCUCCGACCCAGGAGGGAAGAAGGCAUGGACAAACCCAUUGUCCCCCGAGGCUCCGGUGUCUGACUCACACUUGCACCCCCAUGACACCAUCAUCUCCGAUUCCUCCCAGGAUUUCCAGCAGGGAACAAGCCAAGUCGGGGCGUUGCAACCCGUCCAACGCCGGGAGCGCCCGACCCAUGCACCGGAUCAUUAUCGAGGCGAACGCCAAGACGUCCCGGACUAGGAAUUCUUUUCCAAGACUAGGCCUUCUAGGUUCUGGAAUGGCGCUAGAAGGGGUCCUUACUCGAGAUACGGUAGAGAACAAAGCGGCAAAAUGUUUUUUUUGCUUCUUUCCCGAUAGGGUCGGGCAAAGCCUACGAUUAUGGUAGGUUGUGGUGGCGAGGGGAGAGAGAGGGAAUACCGGUAAACUGGGAUGAAUGCUCUGGAUGGGGGUGGGUAUGAACCGGGUACGAGGAGGAUUUGUGUUACAAGAUCCGUUUCUUGUAUGGCAUUGGCGAUAUGGCAGGGCAAGGACACUCAACCUCAAUAAGAUGAGUAUCCAUCCAUCCGACGAGGAAAAGGAAUUCUAAUCCCCGAAAGUUUUCUUCGGCGGGGUGUUUUUCUUUUUUACCGCGCUGUGAGCGUAAAGAGUUUUUGGAUGUCAAUGCACUUUCAUCCGUUUGGCUGGGUUGGUUGGUCACUCGGGCAUGCUAUCACACCGUAUCCUGCUACAGUUGCUACCGUAGUACCGUAGUCAGCUUGGGCCACCCCGAGCCCUCCCUUCUCUUAGACUACCUCACUCUGGAUAUCACUCCAGCCAACCAAUCGGUUAGCCCAAGGCCUGGUUCCGGCCGCGAGGGCUGACCCGGGAUGUUUCUCUCUUUUCCCUGAUUUUUUCUUUUCGAUGUGGUAUAUAAAACCUUGAGCUCCCGCUGCUGAGGGUGUGUUGGUGUCAUACCGUGCACAAGCCUUUUCCGGAAAACAGGGACUUUUAUACACUUUACGACAUGCUCUCCGCCACAACUCUCAGAGCUUCGGCUCCGGCUAUCCUGGCCAGCAAACAUCUACUCUUCACUCCAGGGACUCGUGUCGUCUGCUGUGGGCUUCUUCACGGCGGACAGGCGAGAAAGUUUACGAGCUCUACGAAUUCCUUCUUUCUAGCGACCACUCCGAAAGCCAAUCAGGAGAGGCCACUGAAAGAGUUUAGGGAACGCUCAUUUCCUCAUCCUGUUUACACGGAGGCACAGAUGGAUGAAAUCGUGAGUUUUAUUUCCCCCCCUGGCGGGAAGGAGAUUUAUAUGGUAGUGUGAGGACUAACAAGUUUCUAGAAAAUCGCCCACCGCAAAGCAAAGACCUGGGGAGACUGGGUCGCUCUGGCAGCUGUUCGAGUAAUGCGUAAAUGCUUCGACUUAGCAACGGGCUAUAGACAUGACUCAGAGGUACUUGCACCCCCAACCCAUAACUCGAAAAACAAGUUCACCAACAGCCCAAUUAGAUAGCCUCGGGCAAGAAGACCCCCUACGGAACCAGCGCUUUCCACAUGACGCCAGAGAAGUGGUUAGCGAGGUUCAUAUUCCUCGAAUCCAUCGCCGGCGUACCAGGCAUGGCAGCGGGCAUGAUUAGACACUUGCACUCUCUCCGUCGCCUAAAGCGCGACAACGCCUGGAUCGAAACGCUCCUCGAAGAAGCGUACAACGAGCGCCUCCACUUGCUCACAUUCUUGCACUACCGUCAGCCGGGGCUCUUCAUGCGGACCAUGAUCCUUGGCGCGCAGGGCAUAUUCUUCAAUCUCUUCUUCCUCUCCUACCUCGUGUCCCCGCGCACCUGUCACCGCUUCGUCGGCUACAUCGAGGAGGAAGCGGUGAUCACGUACACCCGAGCCAUAGCCGACAUCGAGAACGGCCGCAUCCCGGAGUGGGAGAACCUACUCGCUCCGGAUAUCGCCGUCAGGUAUUUCGGUUUGGAUCCGGGGGCGAAUAUGUUGCAGCUGUUGAGGGUUAUCAGGGCGGAUGAGGCGAAGCACCGCGAGGUCAAUCACACGCUGGCGAAUCUGAGUCAGGACGAGGACCCGAACCCGUACGCCCUGAUUUAUGAAGGUGGUAAGCCGCAUCCGACGAAGGGGUUGGAUUUCAUGAAGCCGCAAGGGUGGGAGAAGGGGGAGGUUGACGGUGGAGCCGUGGAGGAGUACAUGAAGCCCGGGAAGGAGUGGAAGACUGGUGGGAAACCUGUUGGUGGUGCUCCUACCGCUACCACCGGUACUACUACUACUACCGCCGCUCGCGUCGCGUAAUCCUGUACUCAUUCCUUUUGUCUAGAUUUCCUUUGUCGGGACGGCGCAAAAAGCUGAUUUUUUUUCCUUCCCCCCCCUCAUCCCCUCUCUGUGUAUUCCCUUAUCUCCUCUCUAUACCACAUUACUUUCUUUUCUCCUACGAAUAAUAAAACAAUCAUGAUUCCCAAUUCAAAUAAACUCAAAUCCCACCACCGCCAUUGUACCUCCUCUUCUCGAACCCGGCUCCCUGCCCUUCAGACUCCACCACCUCCCUCUCCGUCCUAUCCAACCUGACAACAUGAGCCGCCGCCGGCCCCUUAUCCAGAUCCUUCAAGAAGGCCUCCACCUCACCCUCGAUUCCCUGCGCCUCGCCCUCCACCUUCCCAUUCGGCAGGUUCUGCACCCAGCCCGUGAGUCCGCGGGCCGUGGCGCGCUCGAUGGCGUACUUGCGGUAGAAGACGCCCUGGACUUUGCCGUGCGCGAGGAAAUGGACCUUUUUUUAAAUUUUUUUAUGGCGGUUGAGUUAGCAGUAAGUUAUUGGUAUAGGCAGAGGGAGAGGGAGCAAACUCUUUUGACGGUCAUUGCUGUGGGUUGUGGGUUGUGCUGGGUGGUUGUCUGCCGGCCGGUACCGUACGUCAUGAGGCUUAAAUGGAGUUUUUUCGAGGUCCCAGCGGUGGCUGUCGGUUUUCGGGUGGCAGGGGUUUUUCUCGCUUUCCGUGGCUUGGCGCUUUUUUUUUUUUUCAGUCUAUGGUUGCAUUAACCUUUCGUGCUGACCGUUCUGCCGGUAUGAUAGUCUACUGCACGAGGUGAUUUCAUGUGUACACGUACAGUACGAGUAUGCUUGUAAAAAAUGGUUAUUAUUGCCGGGAGGGAAGGAUUUCCGGCUGUAAUAGCGUGCGGAUAGAUGCCAUACCCACAUGAAUUACUCGAGCACUGUAGUCGAGAUCUGUCCGAGCACUAUCAUGGAUAGUAUCAUAGGCCAUCGCACUCGGACCAAGCGCCAUACUAACGACAUGUUAGGAUCAACGCCAGCCGUCUCCACCCCCCUCCGACCCCCGGCGAGCAAGGCACGUCAGGCGGGUAGGCGCCGUGCGAAUUGCCGGGUGCUGGGGUGCCCGUACCGGCAUUUUGGGAUGGUGAUUAAUCCUCUCUUGGAGGCUGGAGGAGCGGUAGCGUGAUGCAUGGAUUCGGUGGGUGGGCCAUUAAGUUACCGAGGUAUGAUACCAUGUUGGAGGAUUGGGUAGGAUUGGACGGGUAGUGCGCUAUGCUCAUCUUUGUAUGGAUCAAUUGAUACAUCCAACUAGAUGAGAGUACAGUACUCGGUCGAAGGGAGUUGGAGGAGGAGAAUGAUCGCUGGGUUAACUUGACUGCGAAACCAUCCAUCUUUGGAAAUGGAGUCGUGUCGCUUCGCUUCUCAGUGCGCUGCUGGGUUGAAUGCUCUGGGGGGGGGCAAGCAGGUUGGGGGCAGCUAUGGUAGGUGGACAGAGUGGAAUGAAUGAAUGAAUGGAGUAUUCUUAUAGUGGGGUCUGCGCUCCCGAGGCGGGCCGAGGUCUGUACAGUACUUUUGUUUGCCGAGUAUUGGGGUGGAGGGUGUGGUGAAAGUGAGUGUUUGCUUGGAAGUACUCGUCGGACGAGGCAAGUUAGUACUGCUCUGGAUACUGUCGACCUACCGUGCUGUUGCAAGUGGAGAGAAGAGCUUUUGAUGGGUAGUAGUCUCGGAGUACCCCAACUUAGGUGCUAAUACUUCAACAGAGCAGGAGAUGGUCUUGGUAUUGUAUCCCGCGUAAUCCAUUGUCAGUCCUGGGGGUUGGGUGAGUAUAUAUACUCCUCCGUCUUUCUCCAAUUUGUUAUCUACCUAGUAGUAGUGGGCACAACCCAAACCGCUGACUGUGCAAAAGAGAUUUUAGGGACCAGGGGAGAAUAUUAUGGACGGUAGUUCUAGGGGGGUUUCUUUUGUCAAGUCUCCGGAUUUAUCCGCAGGUAUAAUACAAAAGCUGAGAAAUUGGUUGUGUAUACCAGAAGGUACGGCCUGAGAAAAAAGUCCCUAUAAUAAAAGAGACUCAACCCCCCAAAUAACAACAAACAAACGAUAUAAAAUUCACUAUCGUGAAGUCACAAAUUGAUAAAACCAGCCCAGUUUCACGCCACAAGUUGGCCUUUCUUAUGAGUGGAGUAACAUCCAACUUAACGGAAGGGUCCAUCUGACAAUGAGAAAUGUAGGAGGAAGACAUCUUCACCAGUUCCAAACCCACUUCACCACUUGGGCCAGACCAAUGAGUUUGUCGCAUUUAAGUAUGGUAAGCUCUCAUUGACUCAUAUUUGCUGGAUUUAUACUCCAGCCUAGAACUCGGGGAGGACCAUCAAGCUCCGACAUUCCCGGUAGGCCGCGGUCGGUAUUUGCAAUAUCAUACUCAGGGUGCCCCCGGUCCGCCCGCUUCUUGUCUAUCUCUCCACGUACCCGAUCCUCUGCGUGAAAGCGAGCUUUACCGCUAUCCUUGGACAACCGUGGAUGGUAAUCCUGGGGGAACUACCUUUACAUACUCAAUGCGCGGAUAACAAAGUUUAACUUGUGUGUGGAAAAGCAUGUUUGGUGAAGCGAUGGAAUUACAUUGACGCAUGAGGCAUGAGCCGCCAUCCUGUUUUUCUCGGGUGUGAAAUUAAGUUAGGUCAUGCAGGGGUUAUUCACUGCGAGGGGAAGAUAGUAGGAGUGUUUGCUCAUUCGGUUGGAUAAGGGAGCACUGUGUUGGAUGCUC